AUGGAUCCAAGACAAAGCUUUCCGCUUCCGGUUGCGGCAAGCAGCCCAACCACGUCAACAAGUCCGACUGACUCUAUACCUUCGAUUUCGCCCGUCCCAUCCCUCACAUACUCACAUUCGACUUCCUCGUCAGCCAGCAAAGUGCCUGGAACACCCACUCUCACAAUCCCUAUUAUCCCCAAAGAGAAGCUAGGAAAAUCUUUUGAUAUGGCCUCCGAUAUAGAGGGAAAUCGGAAUCAACUCGCUCGUACGAUGAGUCAGUUAGCGGAAGCAGGAUUUCGCCCGGUAUGGUCAAGAGAGCAUGGAUACCCGGGAACGAUCCCCGAGGAUAUCGGAGAGUACAUUGACAGCAAUAGCUAUCGAUUUGAUGAACUGAUUGGCCCAUUAAGUAGCCUUUUUUGGCUCGCAGGCCUUGAUGAGCUGGUCGAUGCAAUUUACGAUCCAGCGAUUGCCCUCCAAGAUGAGGUGCGACUCAUCCCGAUAAAUGUCGGUGUACCAUGGAUCUUGGAGCAUCUGUUCGAAGAGGAAAAACUUCCAGCAUCGUUAUACGAUCGGUAUUUUUUUGGAUACGAUGAGCCGCCGGUCGUUAUUAUGCCAGUAGUCCGGCUUGAUCCCAUCCCACCUCAAAUUGGAUACCAAUACGCUUGUCAUAGAUUGGAGGAGCUGUUUCCCACCAACAGACCCCAGCGUCUGCCGCAGGAUAUUGCCACAGUUCGAGUCAAAGGGGACAAGAACAAGGACCGCCUAUCCAUGAAGAUCAGCAAAGAUUAUGUUAGCAAACUCGGUGGUGGCUCAUUCUUGUACCGAGUGUCUUCUCGGGCCGCUUUAGCUGCGAUGAUGGCCUUUUUCACUCCGGUCAUUCAAAAUAGAAACUUGGACAACGAGUUGGGGCCAGGCAUUUAUACAUCCGAUUCUCUAGAAUGGGUCCUGAAAUUCGGUUCCGUCAACAGUGCUUUGUUGGUAUUUAGAGACCCUGAUUUCCGCAAUUUAGACGUUUGGAGGCCCUCUAUGCCCGAGUGGCAGCACAUUAUCGCGACUUGGACCCGAAAAUCACUGUCGAAUGUACCGGAUUCGGUACCUCUAGAAUGGAGGACAGCAGACGUGAUUCAAGGGCCUAUCUCGAAGCCGAAUCCGCCAAAGAACUGUAUACCAGAGCCCGGAGAUGUCUCACAGACCGUUGCAGUCAGUUAUGCAGGGUGUGGAGCGCUUUCUGCAUCACUAGCGAUGAUAAUCUGGCUCGAGUAA